AUGGCAUUGAUCAAAAAGGCGUUCAAUUGGUCCUAUGAUGAGUUUCUCGACUAUUUGUCAGUGAAUCCAACAAGAGAUGAGGUGACGCAUUACAAGGUGAAUCCUGACCUAGAAGGAGAUGAUUCCAUAAUGAAGAUGCUCACAGUGAAGGAUUUUGGAAGUAUUACCUGUCUGGAUUAUUCUGAAGCAGAAGUUGGUCUUACUGCUGUUGGUGAAAAGAAUGGUUACAUGAGAUUAUUCAAUAUCAUCAAUGCUGAGGAUGACGGUGAAGAGCAUUUCAACCUUGGUGCCAGAGCCAAACAACAGCGUACUAUAAAUGCAGUGGGAAUUAAUACCAAUGGGCUCAUAGCGAUUGGUCUGGAUCGUAACAGACAUGAUCCGUCCUUGCAGAUUUGGGAUAUCAACUACCAAAGCACAGAAUCUGACAUUAUCAACCCAACAUUUUCCUAUUGCACCAACGAAAGUAUUGUAUCACUAAAAUUCUUGAAUGAUACCAAUAUAUUGACCUCAAGCACAAAAUUUCUCAAGGAGAUUGACGUCAGAUCUCCCAAUUCAAUCUACCAACACCCAACGAGACUAACAUACGAUAUCAAGCUUAACCCUUUUAAUGAUUGGCAGUUUAGUACAUAUGGUGAUGAUGGAACUUUAGCAAUUUGGGAUAGAAGGAGACUGGUGAGUAAUGUCUCUAAUGGUAACUUAACAUUGACGACACCUUUACUUACUUUUGAGAAACUGGUUGGUGCAGGAUCAGCCUCUAGGAAGUAUAUGAAUUCCUGUUUCAGAUGGUCCCCUAUCAGAGAUAAAGAAUUCUCCACCCUGUAUCAUGGAGACACUAUUAAAAUAUGGAGACUGGGUUCUUACGUCAAUUCCGAAGUCUCUGAAGAUUACGAGAGUUUUUUUGUAUCAACAGUUCAUGAUAUUGAAACGCCUUAUGAUAGAGUUGCUACUUUCGAUUAUAUCUCUAAAAACAACAAGGAUGCAAGUUUUCUGUGUAUGAGGCAGUCAGGUACGGUUUAUAGAAUGUCGAUAGACCAGAACUAUACCAACUCUAAAUUCAAUAAUAGGAACACUCUCCUAUUAUCUAAUUCAAACGGGCCUGAUAUCGAGGAGAUUGCUGUGGCUCAAGAUAAACCUAAGUCAGCACUUGAGAAUUUAGGUGCAAUACAUAAGAAUCUAUCAUUCGAGGAUCUUGAUUUAAGAGAUGAUUAUGGGAAAUCUGAAGAUGAUACUAAUGACGACUACGAAGAUGAGGAUGUUGACGAUGAUAAUCAUAGUAAUGUUACUGAACACACAGAGGGAAAUGAAAGCAAGCAUUUAUUACAAGAAGGUGAAGGUAAUAAUUUAUACUGGAAAGCUGAAAAGUUACUUCAAGAAGAUAUUAGUGUGAUUAUGAGAAAGAGAGCACAACUAGGAUAUGGACUUGACCCCAUGACAACUGUCGAGAUUGUAGAUAGGUCGAGGGCUCUUCAGAACUAUUCAUAUAUAAGAAAUACUUGGAGAUGGAUAGCCAUAGCUAAGACCUCAGAUGUCGACGGUACAAUGGUAUCAGGUGACUUGGAUUUGGGAUAUGAGGGUAUCUUAGGUAUAUGGAAUGGUCUAAACGGUAUUUCCAAUCAAAACCGGCAUAGUGAGGAUGUUAUAAUUAGCGAUAAACAACUGAUACGAGAGAUGGAUAAAAUCAUCAGACUGAGAAAGAAAAAUAAAGAUAUUAACAGCUAUCAUGGGGCCAUUGCAAAAUUUGCAGACUCACCAAAGUUUAUUCAACGGAAGCUGUGUCUCAUUAUAUCAGGAUGGGAUUUAUCACCAUCAGACUAUCAGGAAAAAUAUGAUAUAAUUAUUAAGAAUGGUAACUAUGAGAAGGCUGCUGCGUGGGCAAUGUUCUUUGGUGAUAUUCCCAAAGCGAUAGAAAUCCUGGGUUCUGCUAAGAAGGAAAGAUUAAGACUUAUUGCUACGGCAAUCUCUGGCUACCUAGUCUACAAAGAUCAACCAGGAAACAAUGCCUGGAGACAGCAAUGCAGAAAAAUGUCUAAUGAUCUUGACGAUCCCUACCUGCGAGUAAUAUUUGCAUUCAUUGCGGAUAAUGACUGGUGCGAUAUAUUAUAUGAGCCUGCCAUCUCAUUGCGUGAAAGAUUGGGAGUUGCAUUAAGGUUUUUAAACGACAGUGAUCUGACCAGAUUCUUGGAAAGAACUUCAUCUAUUGUGAUCAAUAAUGGUGAAUUAGAAGGACUGAUAUUGACAGGUAUAACUCCGAUAGGUAUAGAUUUGUUGCAGUCAUACGUUAUGAAGACCAGUGAUAUACAAAGCGCUGCUCUAAUUGCAGUAUACGGAUGUCCGCGUUAUUUCCGCGAUCAAAGAGUAGAUGAAUGGAUCGAUACCUAUAGGACCAUGUUGAACUCGUGGCAACUAUUCUCUAUGAGGGCUAAAUUUGAUGUACUCAGAGCCAAAUUAUCAAAGACUAGCGCAGGAAAUGUCACUGUUAAUGUCACACCUAGGCAACUAUACAUUCAAUGUUUAAGUUGUAAGAAGAACAUCAACAAGCCCAUAAGUGCCGAAGCAUCAGCAGCCAAGAACAAGUACACACAUAAAUUAUCGCAUGAUAAAGAGGAACGUAGCGUCAACCACAGUUAUUUCUGUCCACAUUGCGGUGCACCGUUCCCCAGAUGUGCCAUAUGUCUGAUGCCAUUAGGUACGUCUAACUUGCCGUUUGUGAUAAACGGAAUUAAGGGAAACGACCAAGACGCUCACACAGAGGUACACUCCACAGAGCACAGUGACACAGCGGAACCACAAGAAACCAAUGUUUACAAGCGUAAGUUAAAGCUGAACGAAUGGUUCAGCUUCUGUCUAACGUGCAAGCACGGAAUGCAUGCAGGCCAUGCAGACGAAUGGUUCGAAAGACACACAAUCUGUCCAACACCGGGCUGCACUUGCCAAUGCAAUAGAUAG